UCCGGAAGCUGCUCUGAGAAACUGAAAUCUUUUAAACGUUGGGAUGUUUAAAACUUAGAGGCGGAAUUAAAGCUGUGUCAGCUUGUUACUGUGAGUAUCAAACCUGGUCGUGCCACACCCCAGCUCUUUGUUAUGGCGAUCCUUUUUGCCGUGGUGGCUCGUGGAACCACCAUACUUGCCAAGCAUGCCUGGUGUAGCGGAAACUUUCUAGAAGUGACGGAACAGAUUCUAGCAAAGAUCCCAUCUGAGAACAACAAACUAACAUAUUCUCAUGGCAGCUAUCUGUUCCACUACAUCUGCCAUGAUCGGAUUGUUUAUCUAUGCAUCACAGAUGACGACUUUGAAAGGUCACGUGCGUUUGGAUUUCUUAACGAGGUAAAGAAGCGCUUCCAGACCACCUACGGCUCGCGGGCACAGACGGCAUUGCCCUACGCCAUGAACAGCGAGUUCUCCAGCACUCUUGCUGCUCAAAUGAAACACCACUCGGACCCGAAAGGCACAGAUCGGUUGACAGAAACACAGAUGCAGGUGGAUGAUCUGAAAGGCAUUAUGGUCCGAAACAUCGAUCUGGUAGCACAGCGAGGGGAGAGACUGGAACUUCUCAUCGACAAGACAGAAAGCUUGGUGGACUCAUCUGUCACCUUUAAAACAACAAGCCGCAAUCUUGCCCGCGCCAUGUGUAUGAAGAAUCUUAAACUGACCAUCAUCAUCGCAGUGGUUACAGUCGUGGUUCUGUUCAUCAUUGUAACAGCAGCAUGUGGAGGACUCACCUACCCCAACUGCCAGAGCAAGUGAGAAAGCUGGAGCUUCCGGUCUCCUGCUAUCUAACCUGAAACCACUUUGUCCGAAGACGUUGUACACCACUCGAACUUGAACAUGUCCUGUGUCUCACCUGUCCCAGUUCUUCCUCACCCUCAUCUUUAAUAUUAACACAGACUGUAGCCAAAUACAGGACUCGUCUAGAAGAGCCUUCUCAUUCACCUCGUUCUGUAAAUCCUUCAUCCUGAUUUCCUUGUGUUCAGUUUCAUCACAUGACUUGGGAUGUUCUCAGCCCGAGUAUGAUUCUGAUCUGGUUCUCUUUCUGUCACUAUAAUGGGAUGCACUAAUGAUUGAAACAGAAGAAUGGAGAUCCUGUGUGAAGACUGAAUGAAUUUAAAGUUCUAACACUUGUUGGAAACGAAUGUAUGUAUGUAUGUAGAAUCUAUUCCAUAUAGACUGACUGUCUAUAGUGACAGUAGCUUAAAAUAUUGAUCUUAGCAGUUGAGUUUGCCAAAACAAGCUCUGAUGAUAGAAGUACAGUUGGGAGAAUAAAUCUGGUGACCCAAACACUAUGACACUUUUUUGGGACUGUAUUACAGAAAUGUCCUAAUGUGUUAUAAUUUGGGCAGCAGUAGCUCAGCGGUUAAGGUACAGGACUAGUAAUCCUAACUAGUUCAGGCUCCACUCUGCCAGGUUGCCUCUGUUGGACCAUUGGUUGGAUUGUAUAUGGUCACAGUUGUAAGUCGUUUUGGAUAAAAGUGUCUGUGGAAAUGUAAAUGAAAAUGUCAUAAUUUAUGAUUAUCUGGAUAAAUGUUCACAAAUAUAUAAAUCAUACUGUAAACAUCUAAAAUCGUCAGAUGUAUCUAACAUCACUUGGGAAAUCAUUAACCACUUAUUAAAGUUUUAUAAUGAAA